ACUCGGCAUUUCACACAGACACUUCCUGUGUGGUUUUCUGUCCCCAGCCCUAAAUAGGAAGUGGACGUUGCUAAACACACUGUACAGUCCGAGGCAGAGGCGGUGAGGGUGUGUACGAUAACUAACAGAGCAUUUUUGAUUUUUAUUUUCUGAAGUGAAGUUUGAGAGUCGGGACUUAGAAUGAAGAUCCUCCUCAUCUUCACCUUCUGCCUGAUUAUAGCUGGUUCUGAUGCUGUAACUACAGUAACUGGAUACAGAGGAAGAUCAGUUCAGAUUAAAUGCCCCUACGGAUCUGGAUAUGAAGAAUACAAGAAGUAUCUCUGCAGAGGUGAAUGUCCCCGUGUGGGGUAUAAUGAUGUUCCUGUUCGUUCUGGAUCUCCUGCUAAAGACACCAGAUUCUCUCUGUAUGACAACACAACAGCCAAAGUCUUCACCGUCACCAUCACUGAUCUGAGAACAGAGGAUGGAAACACUUACUGGUGUGGAAUAGAGCGGACAGGGUAUGAUAGUUACACAGAGCUUCUACUGCUGGUUAAAACGGCAAAUCCACUAAAUGAUGCUAACCAUCCAACCGUCGCUCCCUCACCUCAGGGUAUAAAUAACUACAUCAUGAUCAGUACAGGUGCAGUGUUGUUGCCUGUUGGUGUGAUUAUAGCGAUCUACUGCAAAAUACAUCGUCAAGGCUCUGAAACAGUGACACGAUCUUCCACAGAGGCAAAUGGAGAUUAUGAAAAUGACCAGAAUUUACCUCCUCUCCAAGCGAAACAACAAGCCGAUUUACCCGAAUCUGUCUAUCAGAGUCUAGACCUAACCACCAACCAAUCAGUCUAUCAGAGUCUGACCUUUACUAAUAACCAGUAAGAUUCAGGAUGCCACUGUUCACCAUCCAACUGGACUGAUCUUAACCCAAAGCUAAAUACAACAGUGUUUACCCCCCCCCGGUCCCCCGUUAUUC